CUAGGAUUUCUCGCAUCUUCAUGCUUUUCCUUCUGUAAAAGCCAACUCUACGGGGAAUAUAUAAGCUACUACUCUCCACUGAACUAGGAACAAAACAUGUGCUACCCAACAUGUGCUGCUGGAUGGGCAAACGCCUACCAUCAUGGGGUGUUGAGCCAUACUGAAGAUAGGUGCCAAAUGUGGGAUACUACCUAGGUGAUGCUUCUCAAAGACAACACGCUUUUGAUAUUGGAAUCUUAGAAAGAGAAAAAACAUGCACCCGAAUAGCCGCCUUACCAUAAUUCCAGCAACCUUCAAUUACAACUGUGUAUUACAAAGCUGGAUUUCGGUUCGCCAAGCUGUCGAAGUCAAAUGCGUGAACUAGCUCGUAUGAAAACCAGGAUCUGAAGUUGAUUCAAAUGAUACGAUACCGAUCAUUUAGAAGAUGGAUAACCAUCUCUUUGUCGCCCAGUCAAUCUCGCCCAAACCUAGCCCUACAACUUCGGCCGAGCGGGCUUUCGAUUCAAUUCAUUGAGAUGCAACGAGCUGAACUAUGUACUGGGCCUAUGAUUCUAGCAAGAAGGAAGUUCCCAUGUUACACCUCGGGUUAUUCGCCGUACACCCAGCGAGAAAAGGACUGUGACAGGAACAAAUAUCUCGGAUGCACCUCGCAUACUGCAACAUUUGACCCGCUCACUGUGGAAAUCGCUCUUUGCUACCAAUUGCCUAGGUUCCCACCGGUUUAUUUCCUCAACCCUGGCUGGUUCAUCAGACACGCCAAUCGCAUCAAGAUGUCGUUUCAGACGCCCGUGUCGACGGUAUCGACUCACAUUGGAGGGCUGGGCACCAUAGAUGGAUUCCACUAUGCCAACGGAGUGGAGCAAUACUGCGGCAUUCCUUACGCCUCGUUAUCAAAGCGAUGGACGCGCUCUAUACUGAGCACAACCUGGGAAAAUGACUACCACAAUGGAACUCAACUGGGAAAUGAUAUGCCACGCCCACAAGGUCCGGGCUACAACACGACCAAUGUUUUCAUACCCGUUCCUCCAAACCCCAACUUCCCUCGUCAUCCAGAAGUCGACGAAAAGACCGCUCUAGUUCUGAACAUUGUGGUCCCACAACAUCCAAGACUGGAAGAAGAGAAAUUCCCAGUGCUCGCGUGGAUUCAUGGAGGAUCACUGCUCUUCGGAAGUGCAAACUAUGGGAUUUACGAUGCCGUGAAUUUGGUCUCCCACAGUGUCGAUAUCGGUUGGCCCGUUGUGGUGGUGAGCUUUAAUUACAGACUGGGACUAGGCGGAUUUCUUGCCAGUGCAAAGAUUGGCGAGGAAUUGAAAGCAGAUGGAUUCGAAGGGAAUGGGAACUUUGGGUUUACGGACCAAAAAGUUGCCAUGGAGUGGAUUCAGGAAUAUGUCGGUCAGUUUGGAGGAGAUCGAGACAACGUCACGGUCUUUGGUCAGUCGGCAGGCGGCGUCUCGAUUGGACAUCAGAUGACGGCGAACAACCCGAUGAAGUUUGACCGGGCGAUUUGCAUGUCUGGCCUGGGGAGUACUCUUGCACCGUUGGACUUAUAUGAGCACGAGGCAUUGUUUGACGCAACGUGUCGCUACUUUUCUAUCGAUCCCAAGGCUGCGGAUGCCCUCAUUCGGUUAAGAGAAGUUCCAGAACAGGAUAUGGCAAAUGCGGACCAUAUUAUUCAGGGUGUUCCUUCUGGAGUAGGUAAUCCCUGCAAUGAUGGGUGGUUUUAUGCCUCUGAUCCGCGACGUCAGUCACAGGCUGAGGCACCAGCGUGGUUGAAAUCAUUCAUGAUAGGCGACGUACAUGAUGAAGGCGUGAUAUUUACAAUGAAUGUCAUGAAUGAUACGUACGAAACCGUUCGACAGACGCUGCUGGAAAGCAUACAAAAUGAACUCUACGUCGACAGAAUCCUACUCGAAUAUGGCAUCACCCAAAAUACUUCAGGUCUAGACCUCAACCAAAAAAUUUGCGAUAUGGGCGGAGAGGCUGUUUUCAAGAUUCAGAAUUAUCUAACUGCAAACGUUAACAAGCGAAUGCGAGAUGAGAAGGCCAUCUUCAAGUACCACUUCGACCAGCGCUCCCGUCUAGAUAAUGCCCUGAAUGGAAUGGCGUAUCACGGGUUCGAUGUGGCGUAUCUAUUCGGCAAUCUCGACAACAAGCUUACCGCUAAGGAAAGUGCGAUGGGCUGUAAUAUGGCCUCUGCGUGGAUCAGGUUCGCUUGGGGCCAGGAGCCUUGGUGGACUGAGUUUUGGGAGGUUUGGGGCCCGGAUUCACUGGGUCAGUUGGAAACCGAGGAAGAAGAUGAACAUGUGCGCUUCUAUUCCAGGUUUAAGCGCUUGUUGUCAUGGGGCUCCGGUGGGCUGUGGGAGAGGUACUUGGUUGCACUGAACCAUUUGUUGAUGAAGCGAGGCACAUCGAGGACAUUCGAGCACGGUGUUGAUGCUGGAUCAUAG